AUGAAUCACUGGGUGAUGUUCGUAUUGGCCAUUUUGGCAAGCGCCUUGGCAGAUGUACAUGAAGUGCGCCUCACGAAGAUUGAGUCAAGACGGGAUAAACUCAUCAGAUUAGGACUAUGGACUGAACACAUGAAGGAAAAAGGAUUCAGUGGAGAUCAAGUUCUUCACGAUGUUACUCAAGUGAGCAACUAUGACGCUGUCGAGUACGUGGCUGACAUAACAAUCGGUACGCCUGAACAGAGCUUCAGAGUUAUCGUGAGCACGGGAUCGUCCGACUUCUUUGUACCCGAUGUUUCGUGCAGGAAAUCUCGAGGAAAGAACUGUGAAAGCCCAGAAUGUGAUCUUGGAGCCUGCUGUCAACAGAGACAGAACGCUUGUAAUGGCAAGAAUUUUUUCGAUGCGAGAGCUUCAUCCAGCUAUGUGAAAAUGGAAGGGAGAUGGAUUGCCAAGUGGCCAGUAGCUGCAGAAGGUGUAGUUGGAAAUGAUACAGUACGAAUCGGAGCGAUAGGAUCGAAACAGCUUGUCAUCCCAACCACCGCCUUUGGUCAAGCGACAAAGUUCACAUCUUCAUUCACGGGCACGGAUGUCGAUGGCGUCAUGGGAUUGGGACUGCCUAUGGGUGCAGCUGGUGGAAUCACUUCUCCUGUCAAUCGCGCCAUGGAUCUUCAUCUACUGGAUAAAUCUUUAUUCACUGUCUACAUGAAGACAGCUAAUGGCCAGAGAGAAGUUGAUGGUGGUGUCAUCACGUAUGGUGCCAUCGAUAAAGUUCACUGCGGACCGGUAAUUGCCUAUGAACCUCUGACAACGAAAACUCACUGGCAGUUUGAGGUUAAAGCUAUGAAAUCAGGAAAGUAUGUUUCGGCUGCGACAUGGAGAGCCAGGUCGGACACUUCAAGCCCUUUUAUAGAGAUACCGGCACCAGAAGCAGCUGCGAUCGCUGACGCGCAUGGAGCUAAAUGGGAUGACAAUUACGGUCACUACGUCGUCGACUGUACUGUCAAGGCAACGAUGGAGCUGACGAUUGGACAGCACAAAUACACCAUCGGCUCGGAGAAUCUCGUAGUGCCAACACCAGACGGUCGUUGUGUUCUUGGCACUGAAGCCUCUGCUCACAACAAGCU